GCGAUUUAUAGUAGGUUUGCUGGUGUUAUUCAGAUACACACUUACAAAUAUAAAAAAAUAUUUAGAAAUAUAUUCAUUUGUGAAUCAAUCAUUAAAAUUGAUUACGGUUAUUAACAGGCUAUAUAGACACGUCCCAACAAAGCGAAAAUAGAGAUUACCAUCCUUUCAUAAGCACGUGGACUCACCUGGUGGCACCUGAAGACCAUGCUAUUGUUAUGAACAUUUAUCUUUAUGAAGACAACCUUUACUGUUUUUCAAGAAAUUUUUUAAUAAUAAUACAAACGGAUUCAAAUGCCAUACAAUACAAUGCCUGUGCUCUACAAAAAUAUUCAUCCACUGAACCUGUUAUUUACCACGGAGGUGUACGUGUACAGUACAAAAGUUUCACCAAAUAUGACCGGCCCUUCUUCAGAAUACAGUUCUCGUUCCACCACGUGUCGGCACUACCUGUUCAGCUGUCUGACGGCAGGUGGAACUGCUCGGCCGUGCGAUGGGAGGACAUGCAGCAUCACUUCCCGUGUAACUUUGUGUCUAACUGUGUGGGCGGCGAAGAUGAAGCUGGAUGCUGGUCAGGUGACAGCACGUGCAGCCCGGGGACAUUCCAGGCUGAUGGCCGCUGCUUUUCACUUACAUUUUUAGAUAAGGAAGAAAUAACUUGGAUCAAUGCACAUGAACAGUGUCAGAAGCGAGGAGGACAGUUGCCGAGUCUGAGCACCAGACAGGUGUGGGAAUCUGUGACAGACAUUUUGGUGAGGACUGACAAAUGCACUUAUUUGUUCAUGGGCGCCAGGUCAGCUUCUCCGACAAUAUCCGUGAUGUAUAGAAACAGCUGGAUGUGGUCAGACGAUACAAUCGCCCAUUUCUUCAAACUGUCUGCACUGUGGCUUCUUCCUCUUAAUAUUGACUUUUGCACGUCUUUGGGGAAUGUAUCUAUAAACUACAAAACAAGUAAACUGAUGAUGGUCACGUGUCAAGAAACCUUUGUUGUUUCUUGUCUUUUGUGUGAGAUCCAUGGAACUUUAAGUCCCUAUGAAAACAAUGAACUGCCAGAGAUCAGAACAACAUCAAGUUUAAUUUUCAUCCAGGUCAAGAAUUGUAUAUUUUAUACGAAUGUUGUUAUUGCUUUGCUACACCGCAAACAGCACAAACAAAACAUGCAGAAAUAA